AGAGACAGACUAAGAGACAGACUCAGAGACAGAGACAGCGAGAUAGAAACUCAGAGACACAGCAAGAUGGAGAGAGCCGUCCUCCUCCCGCGGAUCCCGGUUCUUGAAGCACUGGAACCCCGAGGCUGACCCCGGGCGGGCGUCCCUGCUAGGGGCCGUGUGCAACAGGUCCCAGCCCGGCCGUUGACUGCGGGGUCUCAGGGCAGGUUCAGUGCGAGUUUCGCCAAUGACGCUGACCCCAGAAAAGCUGACAGUGUGUGGGAAACUGUGUCCAGUCCAGGCAAGGACGUACUUCGAAGCCCAAGAGCAGAUUUCAGGAAACACCUACCGUGGGAACCGGCAGAGACCUGGGAAGAGCUUGAGUUCUGAGCUGGGAAGACACAGGCCCGACAGGCCCUCCUCGCCAAGGAGACACUGGAAGUGGGUGGAGCAGCCAGCAUGUGUGAAAAGGCAGUGGCCUCAGGUCCAGGGGUCUGCAGCCCUCUGCCUGCCCCAGGGGAGGUGUCAGCGACUCCCACUAGAAAUGUGGAGCUCACCUAGGACCCGAAGCUGCCCCCCAACGCCCCCGGUGUGCACCAGGCCAGUGUCCAGCUCCCUGCUCUCAGGACCCAGGUCAGCCACCGUCUCAGCACGCGCAGGACGCUUCCUCUGGGCCAGAACUGCCUGCAGCCAAAGCCUCUCACAGCCUGCUGAGAUGACAACAGCUGAGCAAGAGUGGAAGCCUGGAGUGACCUUACUGUGCCUGCCAGGUAAGGAGACCCCCCACAUCACAGACACACAUCUCAGGAGCAGAGGUGAUACUGUGGUGGGCAGUCCUGAGAUAGGAGGACGUGUCACAGCGGUCACAGCAUACAGGGGAAUUACAGUCAGACCCACCUGGGGAAUGCCUGUCUUCCCCCCCCCAGCUCCUGCUGCCAGGCAGGUUCUCUUCUCUCCUGCCAUUGCAAAUACACACAAGAAAUUCUCCACCCGGACAGGGUGUCACAUCAACAUCCUGACUCCCACCAGGGCAAUGAGCUACUUGAGCAGCUCACCCAGAUAGGGUGCCCCCACCGGUUAUUCCACCCUGGUAGGUGUGACUGGACAGUUAAACUCCUCACCUGGGGGUGCAGUGUGCAGGAAGAAGCCCUUGAAGUCGAAGAACCCUGCACCCUGACAGACCUCCCCUGCUCAGUGUUUGUUACCAACCCUCCUCAUGGAAGCAAUGCCCAGCCCUGCCAGGGCUGUUGUCCUCUGGCGGCUGCACCGCACUCCUCUCAGGCACGGUGGUAUAUUUCUUUUCUAUUAAAAACCUUUCUUAUUAAAAGUUCGCUUUUCCUAUCUUA